CAGGCGAAGCGGUUUUUCCCGGGAACGAGCUGGAAAAAGCCCGCUUUAGCUUCGAGUGGCUCGGCCAUUGCACGGACCUCCUACGCCACAGAAGCACAGCGAAAGAGAGCUGAAGCUGACCUGAGCCCUUCCACGUAGGGGAGAGUGCGCCAGGGCGAGGUGGGGGAAGAAGGGAGGAGUGUGGCGAAGCUCACGGCCAGCGGUGGAUUAUCCGGGCCAGUCUGCGUCUGCGGACUGCGAAAUGCGCGAGGAGGACAAGGACAUGCUCCGUGGUGGCGGCGACGGCGCGGGCCUGGCAAACGCCUCCGCGCGGGGGCAAGUAGACACUGUGCAGCAGCUCUUGGAAGCCGGUGCGGAUCCGAACGGAGUCAACCGCUUCGGGAGGCGCGCGAUCCAGGUCAUGAUGAUGGGCAGCACUCGCGUGGCCGAGCUGCUCCUGCUCCACGGCGCGGACCCCAACUGCGCCGAUCCCGCCACCCUCACCCGACCUGUGCACGACGCCGCCCGGGAGGGGUUCCUGGACACGCUGGUGGUGCUGCACCGGGCCGGGGCGAGGCUGGAUGUGCGCGAUGCCUGGGGCCGCCUGCCCGUGGACCUGGCUGAGGAGCGGGGCCACCGCGACGUCGUCCGGUACCUGCGCGCAGCGGCUGGAGAUUGAUGGCGGGUCCACCCAGCCGCCCACCAGGACAUUUCUUUUCUCCCCUGUGCCCCACCCCCAGCUUAGUUCAGGGAAGGCUACAAAUGUGGAGUGGCGGAAAGCCUGAAAGCCUUCCGGGAGACUUGACUCAGCGUGGGGGAGGAGAAGCGGACCGUGAAUAACUUUUUUUUCUUUCCCUUUUGUCUUCUUCUCUGGAUCCGGUCCUCACACUCACCGUGUGCAAGCGGACUUCCAGAGAGACGUAGGAGCUGAAUAUGAAGCUCCCAGGUGUUGCUUACUUUUCAGAGUUUUCUGGCAAAAAAGUGGCCUGUAAAGUCUCCAGUGAUCCCUGGUGCCUGCGAAACCUCCCAGGAAAGACGCCGGUGGCAGAGUGGCAGGCGGCGGCCACUGGCAUUUGCGAGGGAGGCGGCUGAUCCGUCCUCCCCACUGACCUUAAAGGAGCGCCCCGGAAGCCCUUACUGUAAGGCGUGGGGCACACGGACGCUGUAACGGAAGCCCGGAAGGCUGAAGAGCCGACGAGGACGACUGCGAGGCCCGCAGACACGGGCGUCACCAGGUGCCCGAGGCUUUCCACACUGUUGCGCCGCAAGCAAGUCACCCGCGAAAGCGCUGCUCCCGGAAGCCCCGCAGACGCGCGCCGGAUACUGACGGGGAAUGGACGACGACGCGAGAGCCGCCGUGAAUUUUUCCACAGGUUCUGAAAUCCCGGAGCCAUGAUGACUCAGAAGAGCUCUCGGAAAAGGACUGGCGCUUGCCAUCUGUUAUUCGGUGGAGGGGAGACUCUUUGCGGGGUCCAGAAGUCAGCCCCCAGGAUGAAGUGAUGGAUUGCAGGGAGGGCAACAGUCCCCAUUAACCAACCAUUCGCUUCAUCUAUAUACGAUGGGAUGUUAAAAAAACAAAAACAAAAAAACCCUGGAAGUCGAAAAGAUUUCGAGAUAUUUUGAACUUUCGAGUUGUUCUUCAGUGACACUCUUAACUUACUUGGGAGGCUUUAAAUAAGAAAGAAACUCGUGCUCCUUGGUAAAAAAAAAAAAAAAAUGAGGAAGAACUGCAGCUUUGAAAUGAAGCUCUGGCGCAGUGCCAAAGCCUAGACCCAUUUGUCCUUAACCUAUUUAUUUCUUUAAGUUUUCUGGCCCUUUCCUUUGCUAGAGUUUCCCGGGGGUCAAACUAUGAAAUAUUCCAAAUGUCUUUUAGGAAACUGAUGCACCCACUCAGUAAAUUAUCUCGGGGUAUUUCCCUAAGAGUUGCUGAAAUAGUAAACGGUGUACCAAACUGUUGAAAAUUUAUGAUGAUAGCUCACGGAAUGUCUUAAUAUCUGCUGAACAGACUAAAGGUGCACUGCUUUGGGGAUUCAAUUUCCAGUGUUGCUUGAUUCAUUAUAGCAUUGGAGUAACUGAUACUUCAAUGCUUUAAUAAAGAAAAAAACCCCAAUAGAUUGGACUCAAAGACCUGGCUAAUUUGGUUUAAAAAUGUAUGAGCGUGGACUUACCACUAACUCCUGAGAAGUGUUAAAGACUCAAAGAUGUUCAUUUCUCUCACUCUCUGUAAUGAUUAUCGAUAAGUGAUACCAACAAUUUAUUUUUUUUAAAAAACCUGCUACACAUACUAGGAAAAAAUUUAUACACUGUGUGUAUAUGAGAGAAACAGACAAGAAAAAAACUAAUUUGAGAGACUAAUAGAAGGGGUUUCUUUGAACUGGCUAAAAACUUCCCCAUCAAUUCUUUAUUCCUCCAAUAAAUACAUUACUGGGGAAAGCUA